UAAACGUAUCAUGUGAUUUGCUCCUGCUGGCAUUCUGCUGCUGAAGCUAUGUCAAAAUAAUACAGAUUGGGACCGGACGGUUUGAGACGAAACAUUACGCUUUAUCUGAGGAGUACUUGAGAAGAUGCAGAACGUGAUAAACACAGUGAAGGGAACGGCUCUCGGUGUGGCGGAGUUCCUCACGCCAGUCUUGAAGGAGUCAAAGUUCAAAGAGACUGGAGUCAUUACACCAGAGGAGGUGAGAACAUUUUGUUUGUUAGCAGCUGGAGAUCAUCUGGUUCACCACUGCCCCACAUGGAAAUGGGCCACUGGGGAAGAAGUUAAAGUGAAGCCAUAUUUGCCGCAGGAUAAACAGUUUCUACUGACACGCAAUGUUCCAUGUUACAAGCGCUGUAAACAGAUGGAGUACUCAGAUGAGCUGGAGGCAAUCAUAGAGGAGGAUGAUGGAGACGGGGGCUGGGUGGACACUUACCACAACUCAAGUGUGUUAGGAGUCACAGAUGCAGUUCGGGAAAUUUCACUGGAUAAUAAUAAGGACAAGAAUAUGAAUGCCACAUCUGCAGCGUGUUGUGAUGAUGACGACGAGGAUGAUGAGGAAGGAGAAGCAGCUGAUAUGGAAGAAUAUGAAGAAAGUGGCCUGUUGGAAACAGACGAGGCGACAUUGGACACCAGUAAAAUGGUUGAAACUAAAGCCAAAGCAGAGCCUGGCAGUGAAGACGCCAUCCUUCAGACUCGAACAUAUGACCUGUACAUCACUUAUGAUAAAUACUACCAGACCCCUCGACUCUGGCUCUUCGGAUAUGAUGAAGACAGACAGCCUCUGACGGUAGAACAGAUGUAUGAGGACAUCAGCCAGGACCACGUGAAGAAGACGGUCACCAUAGAGAACCACCCGCACCUGCCUCCCCCGGCCAUGUGUUCAGUCCACCCCUGCAGACAUGCUGAGGUGAUGAAAAAGAUCAUUGAGACGGUGGCGGAAGGAGGCGGAGAGUUGGGAGUGCAUAUGUAUCUGCUGAUUUUCCUAAAGUUCGUCCAGGCCGUCAUUCCGACAAUAGAAUACGACUACACGAGGCACUUCACCAUGUAGCUCCAACGGUGGAAUGAACCUGUGUGAAUACAACGUUUGCACCUGGUUAGGGAUCGCUGCUUCUACCUGUGUAUUCACAUUACAUCUGAUUACAGCUGGUUUGUGGAAUGUCUGUGUUAUUCUGAGACACUUUGCAUGGGUGCAGGACAUUAGGAAUGUUUGAGGCACAGAAUGACGUGAAGGGACAGUCUGACGUUUUAGGAAACAGGUUUGUUUUCAAUGAACGGAGUCAGAUAACGUGACUAUUAUCGCCUGUAAUGUUUUCAAGUUAAACUGUACAAAACAGAAAUAUACAAGCAACACAUUUGGAUGUAUUUGUAAGUGCUCAAGCUACAGACCAAGUGAUUUUUUUUCUUGCUUUGACUUGUAGUCUCUAUGCCAGGGGUGUCAAACUCAUUUUAGUUCAUUUCACAUUCAGCCCAAUAUGAUCUGAAGCGGGUCAGACCAGUAAAAUAAUUA